AGCUAACACUGGUGGGGCUCUCACUCUUCUCGUGUUCUUGCUCGGAGGCUUCAUCAUUCCAAAAGGUGAAAUCUCAAACUGGUGGGAGUGGGCUUACUGGGUUUCACCUUUGACUUAUGGUUACAAUGCCUUUACUGUGAAUGAACUAUUUGCUCCAAGGUGGAUGAACAAAAAGGCUUCGGACAACGUUACGAGCUUGGGAUAAAAACUGGUAUUGGAUUGGUGCAGCUGCUCUUUUAGGGUUUGCAAUGUUGUUCAACAUUCUCUUCACCUUCGCUCUCAUGUAUCUAAACCCCCUUGGGAAGCCACAGGCUGUAAUUUCAAAGGAAACUGCCAAAGAGCUGGAGGCUAACAAUGAGGGUUCCAAGGGUGAACCAAGGUUAAGGAGACCAAAAUCAAGCAAAGAUUCGUUCUCUCGAUCUCUGUCUUCUGUGGAUGCAAACAAUUCGAAAAUGGAAAUCAAAAGAUUGAGCAGUCGAACCAAUCCCAACGGAAUGAGCAGGAAUGAUUCUUCUGUUGAUGCCGCCAGUGGUGUUGCUCCCAAGAGAGGAAUGGUUCUUCCCUUCACUCCUCUGGCAAUGUCGUUCGACACUGUCAAUUACUAUGUUGAUAUGCCGCCAGUAAGUUCCCUUUUCCACUCUCAACAACUCUUUUUAGUUACCACUACAUCAAUACGACUAUAAGCUUAUCAUCCAAAACAAAAGCAAAAUAAAUACAUAAACCUUAUAAUUGUUACCGUAGAGCAUGGU